GAGCAACAGCCUAUCUGAGGGGCUCCAGCGAGGACUCCUGAAGCAGAGGUUCAACUGUCUGUUUCCUCUCCUGGUAUCCGGUAGGUGAUCAAAGGGGUUUGAUGGGUAGAAUUAGUGCACCUCGCUCCUCCUGCAUCCCCCAAGUCCACAAGGUCCCCUGUCCCUAAUUCAGGCUUUAGCAUUCCCCGAAAGGUUGCUCCCUGCCUCUGCGGUAUGUGGAAAGCAGACCUGUGCUGGAGGGAGCAGCAUGCCGCCCUCAUCCUGUGGCUGGCGAGUGUUCCUGGGCAACCGCCAGCCUGACACCAGAUCGGACUGACGGACGGAGUUCACAUGAUUCUGCCUCAGCUCAGCAAUGGGCAGCCUGCCUCCAGCUGCGGUUUUCUAGAUCAAGCUGGGAGGCGCUGUCUGCAGGAAAUCGCUAGAGGGGGAGCCACGUCCUGCCAGGCCGAGGAGCCUCCGGAGGGAGCCGGGCUGUUUGAGGUUGGAGGUGAGCAGAGUCACAGAGGACCCGGGAUCCCCUCUGGGAGGACUCCCCUCCGCUGCUGCUCUCUGCCUGCUCCUCACCUGGCUGCAGAGACCAUCGCCUUCCAGGGGACCGGAGGUUGAGCAGGGGCUCACCCCACCAAGGAGGCCCAGCCCCUGAAACGGCUCGAACCACAUCCUAUAAACAAGAUGGCCGCAGAGAGACAGGCCCACAUCCUGAGCCCAUGAGGGGCGAGGCCUCUUCGGGCCCAAAGAUGGGCAACAUCACUGCAGACAACUCCUCGCUGAGUUGUGCCAUUGACCACACCAUCCACCAGACGUUGGCCCCGGUGGUCUACGUCACGGUGUUGGUGGUGGGCUUCCCCGCCAACUGCCUGUCUCUCUACUUCGGCUACCUGCAGAUCAAGGCCCGCAACGAGCUGGGCGUGUACCUGUGCAACCUGACGGUGGCCGACCUCCUCUACAUCUGCUCGCUGCCCUUCUGGCUGCAGUACGUGCUGCAGCAUGACGACUGGGCCUACGGGGACCUGUCCUGCCAGGUGUGCGGCAUCCUCCUCUAUGAGAACAUCUACAUCAGCGUGGGCUUCCUCUGCUGCAUCUCCAUCGACCGCUACCUGGCCGUGGCCCAUCCCUUCCGCUUCCACCAGUUCCGCACCCUGAAGGCGGCCGUCGGCGUCAGCGUGGUCAUCUGGGCCAAGGAGCUGCUGGCCAGCGUCUACUUCCUCCUGCAGGCGGAGGUGGUGGAGGACGAGAACCGGCACCGCGUCUGCUUCGAGCACUACCCGCUGCAGCCGUGGCAGCGGAGCAUCAACUACUACCGCUUCGUGGUGGGCUUCCUCUUCCCGCUCUGCCUGCUGCUGGCUUCCUACCGCGGCAUCCUGCGGGCCGUGCACCGCAGCCACGGCACCCAGAAGAGCCGCAAGGACCAGAUCCGGCGGCUGGUGCUCAGCACCGCCGUCAUCUUCCUGGCCUGUUUCCUGCCCUACCACGCGCUGCUGCUCGUGCGCAGCCUCUGGGAGUCCAACUGCGAGUUUGCCAAGGGCGUCUUCAACACCUACCACUUCUCCCUGCUCCUCACCAGCUUCAACUGUGUGGCGGACCCCGUGCUCUACUGCUUCGUCAGCGAGACCACCCACCGGGACCUGGCCCGGCUCCGCGGGGCCUGCCUGGCCUUCCUCACCUGCUCCAGGACCCGCGGGCCCAGGGAGGCCUAUCCACUGGGCGCCCCCGGGGCCUCUGGGGGAAAAAGCAACGAGCCCGAGUUGUUAACGAAGCUCCACUCAACCUUCCAGACCCCUGACUCUCCUGGAGGGGCAGGGUCCCCCACGGCCGGGCUGGCCUAGCUGGGGUCACCCACGUGUGGGGUGAAGUGAGGCCUGAGCUUGCUGGCUGGCUGCCGCCCGCUUUGCCAAGUGCAGGUGCCUCUUUCUGCUGGAGGGAACAAGGGGCCAGGGCCACCGAACCGGGGGCCUGGGCUGCAGCAAGACCUCUCUGGCCCCAGGGAGCCUGCUGUGGCUUGCAGAGCCUGAUGGGGCUGCCGAGGGUAGGACCAGCGCCGUCAGCCCCCGCUGUCUUCUGUGGCAGGCCGGGCCGCUGGCGGGCAGAAGACAGAGAACCGCCACCUCCCGGAGGUCCUCAGAGAGAAGCUGGGGUGGGGGUGGGGUACGCAGUGUGGGGACAUCGGGAGAGGAAGAUUGGGAGAUGGGCUGGGUGCUUGGGUGUGCCAGGGCCACUCAAGGGCCUCCGGUGUCGUCGUCACAGAUGGCACCUAUGCAAACGCACCUGUGUGGCCUAAGGAGGUGACACACUGGUUGGAUGGGGAGAAGGAAGUUGGAGGGGCAUUUGGGGCACUAGGAAUGUGCAUGGGGGGACAGUGAGGGGAAUGACAGGCAGAGGAGAGACCCCAGUUCCAGCCAUGUCGCAAUUUCACAGGGAGAGUUGAGCAGAAUCCCGAAGCGUCAGGGCUGAUGGAAAACAAAUCUCGGGGCUCCCUGGGGCAAUGUCUGGGGUCCUUUAGAAAGUCAGUCCUGAGGCACAAGUGUCAGGACAGACCUAAAGCCAGGGUGUUUAAUCGGGCUCCCUGCACACAGAUUCCUCCCUAUUACUGUUCUGUUUCCAUGUGCCCCGGAGCGCCAGACUCGCAGGCCUGGGAGUGUGUGCGCUCAUGGUUAACGUGCCAGGCUCUCCACGGCAGCUGUGGGCCAAGACGCCGAGGUGAGGGCAUGUGACUCUCGGCAGUGACCCCCCACCUGGGCCUCUUCCUCCGUCCCCUGCUGCACCCACUAUGGAGCGUCUAGCGGUCUCACAGAGGAGCAUGGCAUUCUUCCCGAGGUCCCAGGGACAACAAAACAAACAAAACGGAGAUGCAUUCUCUGGCACCUCUCAGCCCAAAGCUCCACUAUGGUUAAAACAGCCCCUGUGGCAGAGAGGAGGUGGCCCCAGGCUCACCUUGUCUCCUUCGUUCUCCAGCACGGCUCCUCCGCCAGAUGUCCACCUCACACACCUGGAGAGUGACAGUGGGCCCGCGGGCUGUGUGUAGCCCAGGCUACCAACCGCCACCUUUUGUCCUGUCCUGGAAGGCGGGGUACGGGCUCAGCUCUCCUGCCCCUCUGUGCUGAUCAGGUCGAGCCCCUGCCCUGGUGAACAUACCAAGGACCAGAAUUGCUUAUCGCUGCUCCGGGGACCUGCCCAUCUUAACGGAAGUGCUAGCUCUCCGGAUGUGCUGGUCGACGGGUAGGGCCGGCUCUGACUCCCCUGAGACUCGUGUCCUCACAGCCAAGGGAUAGGUGGGACAAGGACAGGGAGGUAGAAGCUGGCAUCAGAACAUUUCAGAAAUCUGCUAAAAAGAGGGCCAGGGAGAACAUUUCCAAUCUCUCUUCCCCUCUCUUCCCCGCUCUCCAAGAGGUAGAUUUACCCUGCAUCCCCUAACCCUCUCAACAGGGGUGCCCAGUGGCAGAGAGCCCAGGCUGGAUUGUCCUAGAGAAGUGGGGUCCCAAGGCUAUACUUGGCUUUGACUCAGCAGCACCUGCCCCAGCUGCUUAUAGAGGGCCUGCCAUAACCUGAAGAGGCUGGAGGAGGAAGUGACUCAGAGGAGGGAGUCUGAAGGUGGCUGAAAUGGCCACACAGCCAAGAAAAGCCCAUCCAGCCCCAGCCCAGGAUCUGGUACUGCUUGAGUCCUCUAUGGCUCCUCAUUCCCAAUUCCCCUCUAUUUUGACCUUAGACUUGAGUGUGCCCACUGGGAUGGACUGGGAUGGACUGGGAUGAGCUGAGGGCGGUUCCACUUACUAUCAAGAGUUGUAUUUUUGUAUUGUCCUCUCUUUUAUGCCAAGUGUGUGUGCGUGUGUUGGACUGUGCAAUGGAUUUAUGUAGCAAACUGGAGUCUCCAAAUAAAACACAGCAACCAGC